AUGGUCGUCACCAAUAGCAACGGCACAACCACCAAAGCCGUCGCCCCGACUGUCCCGCUGAAGCUUAGUCUGAGUGCCAAAGAGGAACAGCUGAAGGAUCUUCUGAUCGAUGUUGCCGCCUUCAUCGAUGCGUCCGGUCGUUCACCCGAGCCCCUCAUCCUGCGAUGGGCGGGAGGAUGGGUGCGUGACAAGCUGCUUGGUAUUGAGAGCCACGACAUCGACACAGCCAUCAAUGCCAUGACCGGCUAUGCCUUCAGCCUAGAGCUCCGUAACUACUGUGCCCAGGAUGAGCACGCCAAGAAGCAUAAGAUUGGCCCGGAUGAUAUGGGCAGCCUCCAUAGGAUUUCUGCCAACCCUGACAAGUCCAAACAUCUCGAGACGGCCACUACACGCAUGUUCGGUCUUGACGUCGACUUCGUUAACUUGCGGAAGGAGACAUACACUCAGGACAGUCGCAACCCUAUGGUGGAGUUUGGCACCGCCGAAGAAGACGCUCUGCGCCGAGAUGCCACCAUCAAUGCACUUUUCUACAAUCUACAUACCGGUCUGGUGGAGGACUUGACAGGUGGUUUGGCAGACAUGAAGUCUCGUCUCAUUCGGACUCCUAUGGAUCCAUUCCAGACCUUCACUGACGAUCCCCUAAGAGUGCUAAGGCUGGUUCGUUUUGCAAGCAGACUUGACUUUUCCAUAGACUCCGCCGCAACUGCUGUCAUGGCCGACGCUCGCGUCCUUGACGCCUUGAAACUUAAGAUCAGUCGCGAGAGAGUCGGGGUUGAGAUGGAGAAGAUGCUGAAGGGCAAGCGUCCACGCAGUUCCUUGGACCUCAUCCGCACUUUGGGCCUAUACGAGGCCAUCUUUAUGAAUCCAAACAACAUUCAGCACCCAAGGCCGGACCUCUCCAAGUGGCAGUUGGUCUACGAUCUUCUUUGCAGUCUUGCGUGCAAUAAUGUCCCGGGGUCCAUUUACGAUGUCCUCGUCAAGUCUGACGAGGCCGCAUACUACGCUUGGAGCCUGACCGCAGUUAUCCCGUAUUCACACGUGGAGAAUGAAAUACACCUGCCGAAGCCCAGGGUGACGCUGCCGUUAACAACCUUGGUGGCCCGAGAGGGUAUCAAGGCUCCAAAUAAGCUAUGCGAUGUCAUCACUGCAGCAUAUCGCCAUCGAUCCAACAUUGUUGCUCUGAAGCAGAGUGUUUGUGCCAGGGAUUCUACUGCUACCGAACGGGACACCCUUGGUAUGGCAAUUCGCAAGUGGGACGGUCAAGGAACCCACUGGCGCGUCCAGGUUCUUUAUGCCCUGCUUGUUGAAGCCAAGGAAAAGCUGCCGUGCACCACAGAUGCUGAAAAGAUUGAUUUUCUCUCGGGCUGGCAGACUUUCUUGGACCAUUUGGCGCAUCUGGACGUCAUGGAGGCGCCGUCUUUGAAGCGCCUGGUCGAUGGCCGUAUGCUAGCCAAGGAGCUCGGAAUUCGCCCGGGCAAGUGGAUGGGGCGAGCUUUAGACGUGUGUGUCGCCUGGCAGCUUCGUCACCCAGAAGAGACGGACCCGACUGGGGCUAUCGAUGAAGUACGGCAGAGAGCAGGCGAGUUGGGGAUCCAAGGUGUAUGA